AUGGGGCGACUGACCGAAACGGAGAACGGUUCUAAGGUGAAUAUUAUUGCACGCAACGAGACCUGCUUUCCCAAACAAGGCCAAUUGGAGGAGGUGGGUGCCGGCUACGCCUUCUUCUGGAAAGACCGCCCUAGGACGGUACGACGAGACUCCGGCGUCGCCUUUACCAUCCGGAACGACAUCGUGGGACGACUGCCCUGUCUGCCGCGGGGCAUCAAAGACCGACUGAUGAGCCUAUGCCUGGCUCUUCGGAGAUCCCAUUUUGCCACCACCAUCAUCGGCGCACACGCCCACCAAUGA